GCGCUAGUUGCCUGCAGCGACGCGAAGAGUCCAGAAGCGGAAAGCGCGAGCCAAUGGCAUGCCAGCGUUUGGCCUCGUUGAUUUAGGACGUGUCUCGGGGAAGGCAGGCGAUCUAGUCGAGAUAGGACCACAACAGAAUGAGCGGCAGGCAAAACUGGCUUCGCCGAUGCCGGGGAUCGAACCCGGAUCUUCCGCGUGACAGGCGGAGAUACUGACCAUUAUACUACAUCGACAUGUAAAGUACAUGGGUAAGCAGAAUACGGAUUUUUUAAAGAAGCAGUUGGAAUUUAGCGAGAGCACAAGAGGCCGAGAGGCAGAGUUUCCCGCCUGUUAGUUCCGCUGCUGAGAUGCGUCGCUCGCACGAGGCGGAACGGAAUGAGGCUGUCGCUGCUGGUCGCGGUGAACCCGCUGACGAGGAUGACGUGGCGAAACGAGCACCGUGCGAUGCAUAUCCUUCGGUUCGCGACGCUCGACUGGUUCUGCCGACGUCGAUCCGUCCGCCUGUGCGACCCGCGACCGUUGAACUCUCGGUGGAUGACUUUCUUUGUCCUAUCUGCCGGGACCUGGUCUUCAAACCCGUCGUUAACGCCUGCGGCCACGUGUUCUGCUUCUGGUGCGUGCACCGCGCCAUGACCCCCUACAGCGAGAGCCGCUGCCCCAUGUGCCGCCGGGCCUUCGCCCACUUCCCCGGGGUCUGCUCGCUGCUGCACCGCUUCCUGGCCGCCUCCUUCCCUGCUGAGUACCGGGCGAGGGAGAGGGAUGUGCUGGAGGAGGAGAGAGAGAUGGGCAUGUUCUCGCCCACUGUGUUCGAGAGAGAGGAGGAGGAGGAGGAGGAGGGGGAGGGGGGCGUGCCUAUUGAGGGGGGCGGAGGGUUUAUUGAGCACGGGGGCGGGGAGAGGGAUGUGCUGGAGGAGGAGAGGGAGAUGGGCAUGUUCUCACCCACUGUCUUUGAGGGAGAGGAGGGGGGGGAGCGGGAAGGGGAGGGGCAGGGGGAUGGAGAGGGACAGGCGGAGGGGGAAGGGGUGGGGUUGCCUUUUGCUCACCGUGCUCUGACCUCUGCCAUUGCUGCAGGUUAUGGGGGCGGCGAGAGGGAUGAGCUGGAAGAGGGCGAGCAGCAGGAAGGCACCAUGCUGUCACCCACUGUCGCUGAGGGGGGGUUUGGUAGAGGAGGGAUGCGGACAAGAGGUGGUGGGACAGGGGUGUUGCGGCCGGGUGAGGAUUCUGCAGCGGUGUUGCCAUCGGAGGAUGGUGAGGGGGCGGCUUUCAUUCAUAUGCCGCCGCUGAGACAAGGGAGAGCGGAAGGGAGAGGAGGCAGGGGAGGAGGAGAGGAGGAAGGGUGGAAUGGGAGUGAAGGAAAGGGAGGAGGUGGAGGAAGGGGAAAGGGGCGAGUGGAGGAGGGGAGGGGCGUGCGGUUGAGUGCGGAGGGCUUGUUUCUGCGGUACUGGCAGCAGCAGUUCACCUGCAGAGCGUGCCGGCUGCUGCUGCUGCACCCGGUGGUGCUCAACUGCGGUCAUGUUGUCUGUUCCUCAUGCACCCCCGCUCGCCUCACCACGUCAGCCAGCACCCCCUCCCUGACCCACAUCCCCUCCUCCUCCUCCCCUCUCUCCCUUCACCACUCCACCCCCUCCUUGCCGUAUCACAGCCCGCCCCACCCCCUUCCUUCAACAGCCUCUCCCAGUGUCCCACCUGCUACCUCUGCCGCCCCACCUGCUUCCCCUGCCAUUCCACCUGCCACUUUCCCCCUUCCUUCUGCUGCCCUGGCUCCUGCUGCUGCCUCCCCUGGGCGAGGCACGUUACUGGGACGGGUGCAGGGAACAGGAGCACCAGAAGCAGAGGGAGCAGCAGACGCAGCAGCGGAGGGAGUGGCAGGGAGGGGAUUGCAAGGAGGAGUGGAGGGGGAGAGGGAAGCAGAAGGGGAAGGGGUUGUGGGAAGGGAGGAGGGGGGAGCUGCAAACAGGCCAGAGGGUGAAGGUGAGGGAGAAUCAGUGGCAUCAGGAGCCGCAUUUGCAGAGGGUGGCGUUAGUGCUGCUGCUGGUAGCAAUAGUGGUGGUGGUGCUGCUGCUGCCAGUGCUGCUGCUGCCAGUGCUGCUGCUGCCAGUGCUGCUGCCGGUACUACAGCCAGUGCUGCCAGUAUGCGAGGCGGGGAUGGCAGUCGGUGCAUGCAGUGCGGAGCCGUGCAGCCGACGCGACGAGUGGAGGUGUGUGUGCAGCUAGUCGCCACGCUCUCUUCCCUCUUCCCUGCGCUCGUGCGGAGGAGAGCGCACGAGAGGAGCAGGGAGAGCGGGAAGGAGAGCGGGAAGGAGAGUGGGAAGGAGAGGAGCAGGGAAACUGGCAGGGGCGUUGCGGGGGAAGGGGCAGCCCGGAAAGGGGCUUCCAUUGACGGUUUGCCAGGGGUUUCAACACGGGGCCGGCCAGGGACACAGGGCCUGCCAUGGGUUUCAACAUGGGGCCCGGACGGAGGAGGUGAGGUGGAGGGAAGUGGGAGGCGUGAGGGAGGGAGAGGAGGGGAGGAGGGGAUGAGGGGGAUGGGGGAAGGUGGAAAUGGCGCAUUUACAGUUUCUCCAUUCGGGGUUGUGGCGAGUGCGAGUGAGAGUGAGGGCAGGAAUGGCGGCAAUGUGAUGCUGGGAGCAGCAGCAGGUGAUGGUGAUGGUGAUGGUGGUGGUGGUGGUGGUGGUGGUGGUGGUGGUGGUGGUGGUGGUGUUGUUGUGGCAGUGACACCAGCAGCAGCAGUGGGUGGUGUUGGAACCCGUCUGGUAGUGCAGAAUGCAGACCCUUACAUGCUCGCUGCCAUGCAGGCAGCCACGCGCAUGGGUGUGGGUGGGGGUGCGGGUGGGGGUGUGGGUGGGGGUGGGGGGGUGUGGGUGGGGGUGAUCCGUACGUGCUUGCACCCAACCGUGCGGGCGUGCUUGCACCCAACCGUGCGGGCGUGCUUGCACCCAACCAUGCGGGCGUGCUUGAAUCAAGAGACAGGAGUGAGAGACGCUCGGAUGUGGCUUGGAUUGGAGGCGCAAUUGGUGGCACACAGGGUAGGGUAGGGCGGGAGGGAGGAGGGGAAAGAGGAGAAGGCCGAGGAGGAGGAGGAGCAAGAGUAGUAGAUGGAGAGGUGAGAGGGGGAGUGGAGGAAAGAGGGCAGGAGAGGGAGGAGGGAGGGGAGAGGAGUGAGGAGAUGGGAAACAGGGGGGAAGGCAGGCCUCUGUUGGGGGAUGGUGUUGGGGGGUUCACCACAGCUGGGGGAAAUGGAGUUGGAGCAUCACCUGGGGGAGAGCAGGGGGCAGGAGAGGGGGAACGGAGAGCGGAGAGCGAAGAGGUGGCGGAAGGAGAGGGGAUAUUGGAAGGCGAGCAGAUGAGUGAGGGGGAGAGCACGGCGGUGCGGGCGGCGUGGGAGCGGCUGCACGGGGUGGUGAGGAGGAUAGACUUGGCGCGCAGUGAGGAGGAGCAGGAGGGGCUGAUGAGGGAGCUGGAGGAAACGAGGCGGGCCAACUACAUCCACAUCAGCGUUGGCUGCGACGGGUGCGGGGCUUUUCCCAUUGUAGGUGCGCGCUACAGGUGCCUGGACUGCCCAGAGCGCGUGGGCUUCGACCUCUGUGCCACGUGCUACAGCUGCCCGCCCCCUGUGGUGGGCCGCUUCAACCAGCGCCACGUCAGCAGCCACCGCAUGGUGGAGGUGCGGCAGCGGGACGGCAUGCUGCACCGCAUCAUCGAAUCUACACGUGCAUCCACCGCUCAUCUCACCGCUCAUCUCACCGUUCAUCUCACCGCUCAUCUCACCGCUCAUCUCACCGCUCAUCUCACCACUCAUCUCACCGCUCAUCUCACCGCUCAUCUCACCGCUCAUCUCACCACUCAUCUCACCGCUCAUCUCACCGCUCAUCUCACCGCUCAUCUCACCGCUCAUCUCACCGCUCAUCUCAUCGCUCAUCUCACCGUUCAUCUCACCGCUCAUCUCACCGCUCAUCUCAUCGCUCAUCUCACCGCUCAUCUCACCGCUCAUCUCACCGCUCAUCCCACCGCUCAUCCCACCGCUCAUCUCACCGCUCAUCUCACCGCUCAUGUCACCGCGCAUCUCACCGCUCAUCUCACUGCUCAUCCCACCGCUCAUACCACCGCUCAUCCCACCGCUUACCGCACCGCUCACCUCACCGCUCACCUCACCGCUCAUCCCACCGCUCAUCCCACCGCUCAUCUCACCGCUCAUCCCACCGCUCAUCCCACCACUCAUCUCACCGCUCAUCUCACCGCUCAUCCCACCGCACAUCUCACCACUCAUCUCACCGCUCAUCUCACCGCUCAUCCCACCGCUCAUCUCACCGCUCAUCUCACCGCUCAUCCCACCGCUCAUCUCACCACUCAUCUCACCGCUCAUCUCACCGCUCAUCCCACCGCUCAU